AUGCCAUUUUUUAGCUAUUUCAAAUCGAAAUUUCAAUGCUGUGCGGAAGAAGUCGGGCAGCGCCAUGAAGUCAACAUCGGUCGCCCGGAUUUGGAACAUCCUGUGACAAAUUCACUGCGCACCACCAAAUACAACAUGAUGACCUUCUUGCCCAAGUUUCUCUUCUCCAAGUUGACCGAGCCGUCAAACGCUUUCUUCCUGAUGUUGACUUUUUUGCAGUGCUUCCCUAUCUCGCCAUUCUCUUGGCAUUCGUCUGGGGCGCCGUUGAUCAGCAUCUUGGUUGUCAACGCGUUCACCGAGUUGUACGAGGACUUGUUACGGGAAGGCGACAUCGUACGGAUUGGGCGUGAAGAAAAUGUACCGGCUGAUUUGCUCCUGCUAAGCUCCUCUGAACCUGGCGGUGUCCUUUAUAUCGAGACAGCAAACUUGGAUGGUGAAUCAAAUCUCAAGAUCCGUCAAGCCCCUAUGUACACCAACGACAUCAAUUCGGCUGAAAAGCUACGGGCGUUCAUCAAAUCCGAAUCGCUGGUGAUAUGUGACCGACCAUCACGCUCAUUGGACUAUUUCCAAGGAGUGCUCCGUCUCAAUCAUGGCCUACUUCGUGUUCACAAUCAGGGCAGCGAAAUAUCCGCGUUCAGAAAGAUUGCCAGUGAUAUCUCCGAGGUGCCACUUACUCUGUCAAAUCUGGUAUUCCGCGGCGCGAAGGUCCGCCAAACAGACUGGAUGGUGGGUGUCGUCAUCUACGCCGGACGCAACACGAAACUUGCCCUGAAUUCGGUCCGGAAGAGCACUAAAGUAUCUCGCCUUCACAAACUCGCAAACUGGCUGGUCGUCACGCAAAUCGGAUGGCUUCUCGUGAUCUGUGCCAUUCUGACGCUGUGGGCUCAGGCUCAGUCGAAGGAUUGGCUGCGCGAGAUGCUUGCGGAAAAAGCCGAUGUUUCGAUCUUCGAGACGUUCCUCGGCGAGCUGAUUCUCUACGCGAAUCUCGUUCCAAUUUCCCUCUACGUGACCGUUGAAGGAUGUCUGAUGUGUCAAGCCUACUACCUUCAGCAGGACAUUCUAUUAUACGACGAGGGCAAGGAUCAGAAAGCAGAGGUCAAGUCAUUCGGCAUGAUCCCGAAUUUGGGGGCCAUCAAAUAUGUGAUGUCGGAUAAGACCGGAACCCUUACUACCAACAUGAUGCGCUUCAAAUUCUGCUCGAUCGGAGGUCAGAAAUAUGGCAAGCGUGUUUCCGGAUCGGACGAGUUUUACACGGACAAGUUGUUGGCCGAUUUGAGGACAAACAGAAAGGAAAACGCUGGCGAUAUUGAUCUGUUCAUGACAGCUUGCGCAGUCUGUCAUACAGUGGUGGUUGAGCGAGAAAAAAGGGCAGAAUUCGUGGAAGAGGGCGAGACGCCGCUUUCGCGAGAUGCGACCCCGAUGAAGAGCCAUAGGAGCCAAGGGUCGGCGGAGUCUUCUGCUCGAGAAAGCCCUCUCCGAUCGACAACCGUGCACAAAAGUAGCGAACCCACUUACCAUGCUUGUUCCCCCGACGAAGCUGCUAUUGUGCGAUUUGCCCGCGCCGGCAAAUACUGCUUCACCGGCCGUACUCCCAACGCCAUAACCGUCGAAGUGAACGGCGAACCAAAAAUCUACACAUUGUUGGCCGUGCUCGAAUUCUCGUCGACCAGAAAACGAAUGGCUGUGAUUGUCCAGACCCCGGAGGGUACCAUACGGCUUUUUGUGAAGGGCGCGGAUAUCAAAAUCCUGUCCAUGCUCUCAUCCGACAGCAACCAAAAGACACGCCAUGCUACACAAAGCCAUCUCAAGGAAUUUGCCAACCUUGGUUACCGCACGCUUUGCUAUGGCUACCGCGAUCUGACUGAGCGGGAAUACUCCGGCUGGUCCCAACUCUGGCAAAGCGCAAAUUGUGAUCUCAACGACAGGCAAGCCCAGAUGGAUCAGGUUGCUGAAUUGAUCGAACGGGAUAUCACUCUCCUUGGCGCAUCGGCAAUCGAGGAUAAGCUGCAAGACCGCGUGCCGCAGACCAUUGCCCGCAUGCUCCAAGCUGACAUCAGAGUGUGGGUACUGACCGGAGACAAGUUGGAGACGGCCCUCAACAUCGGAUACUCGUGCUCACUGGUGACCCCGCAAACCCCAACCCUGAUCUUGGCCUGCAACACCGAAGAAGAGACGGCGGCCCAUUUGGACAAAUAUGUGGACAGACUGGGCUCCCGGUGCCUCGAACAUCGUGACAAUCAGAUGGCGCUCAUUGUCGAUGCACACUGUCUGGAUUGGGUGCUUGGCUCUCGGAUCAUGCGCAUGGACUUCCUCCGUUUGGCUCUCUGUUGUUCGGCCGUCAUUUGCUGUCGUUGUACACCCUUGCAAAAGGCGGCGGUCACCAGGCUGGUCCGCGGUAACGUCGAUGGGCUCGUCCUUGCUAUUGGCGACGGUGCUAAUGAUGUGGCGAUGAUUCAGGAGGCCGAUGUUGGCGUCGGAAUAUCCGGGUUUGAAGGUGGUCAAGCGAGUGCGGCUGCGGACUUUAGCCUCACCCAGUUCCGUCAUUUGGAUCGGCUGCUUUUUGUCCAUGGCGCCUCCUGCUUCCAUCGCAUCACCAAGAUUGUCCUCUAUACGCUCUACAAGAAUCUCGUGGAAGUUUGCAUGAAUGUGACCUAUGCCUUCUACAAUGGCCACUCGGACAGUGGGAUGGCCGAUGAGUACACGAUGGUCCGCUAUAAUUUGUUCUACACAAGCAUUACUGUUGGCUGCUUCGGUGUGCACGACAAUCCAGCCCCUCUGCACGUGAUGGCAAAAUAUCCACGCCUAUAUCCGCUCUUCCAGAACAAUAUCUCCAUCCGCUCGCAUAUGAUGUGGUCUGCGAACGCAAUCGCCCACGCGUUCUUGAUCUUCCACUCGGUGCUCUAUUGGUGGAAAUAUGGCACAUCUGCCUUCACGCAUGGGCGAGACGGUUGGACCCAGAUGGUCGGCACCUUCAUGUAUCUGUGUCUGGUGGUGAUCGUCAACUUCAAGGCGUUGAUAGAAAGCCGCUCGAUUUCGGUGAUAUCGGCAAUCGGCUUCUUCGGUUCUCUACUCGCCUAUUUGGUGUUGCUGCUCUCGGACUCCUACGUGUUCCCCCAUUUCUCUGCACCGGUUCUUGCCCCGAACAGAGCCUCUUACCUCGGAUUAAUCUACUCGUUGCCGUCGCCAUCCACGGCCUUUUUCAUACCGCUGAUGUGCGCCGUCUGUCUGGUACCAGAUAUUAUUGUUAAGAGCAUCGAGAGAACGAUGGAUCCAUCCCUUCUUCAGCGUGUCGUCCAGUCGCUAAAAACAAAGGACAAUGUUUUGGAUUUGAUUCUGCGGCAGCCUCUGGUCAAAGUCGUCGGUGCCGUCGGUUUGAAGGCACAGCUCGAAGGCGGAAAAUUGGGUUACAUGUUCGCUCAAGACGAUGGUCGUGUGAUUACGCAGGCUGAUCUGUUGAGGAUGUAUGGGGCCGCUGACUGUCAUCCGGAGGCUAAGACGCCUGUGGCCCAAACCCCACAAACUAUCCGAUCGAUCGAGGCAAAGACCGGCGACGCGGAAGACCGAGACAAAAAGAAGGCCGCGCCUUCCAAUAAUACAUCAAGUGGCUCGUCCGAGAAAAGCAAUGCCGCCGCUCCAAAGAAAAAUAUGGGAUAUCCGCGUCGACUUCCUGCUGAUUUUUUGACGGCCGAACCUAUCGAGGACAACGCGAAGCAAGAGGAGCCUAACCCUCCCGACCCGCCGCCAUCAGCCGAAAUGAUCUUCAACCACAUCCAA